AUGAUGAAUACACUUUCAAUACGUGAUCUUUGUUGUCUUUUUUGUUGUCCACCAUUUCCGUCUCGUAUAGCUGCUAAACUAGCGUUUCUUCCACCUGAACCAACAUAUUCCUUACAUGCUUCUGAUAUUGUCACACCAUCCAAUGGUACUAUCGGUCAGAAAGAAUCUUCAUUAUUAACGAAAAAAGCUCCAUCUGAUUCAAAUACAUCUAUUCGAUAUACAAUUAUUUUUUCUGAAAAAGCUGAAUGGCAACAUUCACAAUCAGAUAUAUCUAAAUUAGAACCUUAUUUUGUUACAACAUCACGACAUAAUCGGAUUGCAUGUCUUUAUAUUAAGUGUACAUCGACUCCAAAAUAUUACAUUUUAUUUAGUCAUGGAAAUGCUGUUGAUCUUGGUCAAAUGGCUAGUUUUUUUAUUGUUUUAGGUACACGUUUACAAUGUAAUAUAUUCAGUUAUGAUUAUUCUGGUUAUGGUGCUUCUCAAGGAAAACCAAGUGAAAGAAAUAUGUAUGCGGAUAUUGAAGCAACAUAUAAUUCAAUUAAACAAAGAUAUCAUAUACCUGAAUCAAAAAUUAUUCUUUAUGGACAAAGUAUUGGUACUGUACCAACAAUAGAUUUAGCAUCACGUCAUAGUGAAUGUUGUAUAGCAUGUAUUUUGCAUAGUCCAUUAACAUCGGGAAUGCGUGUUGCAUUUCCUGAUACAAAACGAACAUGGUGUUGUGAUGCAUUUCCAUCAAUAGAUAAAAUUCAUCGUAUACGUUCAAUUGUUUUAAUUAUACAUGGAACAGAGGAUGAUGUAAUUGAUGUUAGUCAUGGUUUUGCUCUUUAUAAUCGAGUACAUAUGCAACAUCAAAUUGAACCAUUAUGGGUUGAUGGUGCUGGUCAUAAUGAUAUUGAAGCUCAUGGUCAAUAUGUUGAAAGAUUAUUACGAUUAAUUAAUGUCGACAUUCCACAAAUACAUUUAAAAAAUCAGCAAACAGAACAUCAACAAUUAUCAACAUCACCAUCAACUCCACCAACACUUGCAUCGACACUUAUUAUACCAGCAUCGACAACUAAUGGAACGAAUUAA